AUGGAGCGACCUCCCUCUCAGCUGGAGAAUGUACGGCCGAAUGCUAGUGGCAUCAAACCGCCUUCACGAUUACCGGCGAUGAUGUCUAAUGGAAGCCGGAACACACUCCUCGAGACCAGCCAGAGCGAUCUGAAUGCGCGCAAUGGCUUCAACAAUGGCUCAAUGGGGCCGCCACCGAGCAUGAAUGGUUCUAUCAAGCAUCGCAUACCUGGUCUGCCCGAGUCGGUCCCGAAAAGAAAGACACUCGCCGAACGUGCUGGCGAACCGAUAAACCCGUCAAGAUCGCACAUCCAGCCGCCCUCCAAGACGACAUUACCACGCGGAGGGAGCUAUUAUGGCCACUCUCGACGUGCGUCUGCUGUGUCUGCCAUUGCUUCCUCCAACGGCAUGCGACCAAUAUCUCGCCAACGACCAUCGACGGCCGAGGAGGAAGAUGAAGACGCGGGAGUCACGGGCAAGCGAAAAGGUACACCAGUCAUGUCCUUUAACCACACGACCCUCCGCAAGACUCGAACACAUGAAGACCUCCGCACUGGCAUGCGCAACACCAGUGCUGGAGCAGAGAGUUCGUCCUCGGGAGGGACUUCUCGAAGCGCGUCCGGUGGCUCAACAUCGUCGGACGAAGGAAGCGUUGCGCAGAAUCACAACAUCUCCAUCACAUCGGCAUUUGCUGAGCUCUCCCUCACCCCGAACCACCAUCGCCCUUCGCUCGAGCGUAUCAGCGAAGAGGUCUCCCCCUCCAAGAUCCCCAAGUUCUCCACCACACCUUCCCUUCGUCAUGCACACUCUUCCCUUGCACUACAAACCCCCUCCCCUAUGAAGCACAAAUCGUCUAUCAACGGGCUACAUACUCCACGGACAAGUGCGAGACCCAAAGAUGAGACUCCAUUCUUCUUAACGAAAGACUCACUUACACCUGUGAAAUCAGCCUGGGACACCAAAGGCCGACUUGAGGGUAUGGAGGCGAUGUAUACACAGCUCCGUACUCAAUUUGCCUCCGCCGCCGACUCGAAAGAUGCUCUCGAAGAGUCGCUUGCUUUGUAUAAAAGCAGAGUCCAAGAGCUGACCGACCUCAACCGAGAAAUCACGACUGCAAAUCGCAACAUGACAGGCGACAUCGAACGAGCACGAACGGAUCUCCAUACCACGACGACAGACCUACGCCAGGCACGACGAGACCACGAACGAGAUCUCCUUGACAUUGAGCGAAAACACGACAAAGAGCUGUCAGACCGGACGCAGAAGUUGGAGAAACAGGCAGAGAGUUUGAUAAGAGAGCGCGAACGAGAUACAGAGCGGUACAGACGAGAGGCGGAAGAAACAAAACAGAAGUGGAACAGACAGAAAGACGAUGAGGCGUUUGAGAUGAGCACUGCGCACUUUGACGAGUUGGAGAACCUCAGGAAGAAGUACGACGGCGAGAAGGCAGCAUUGCAAAGGCAGCUCGAGGAACUACAACAUGCUGGUGAGAGCAGAGCUACAGAAUCUGCGAGUGAGGUUGAGGAAAUGCGGAGCACGAUUGCCGGCCUGCAGAACCAGAUUGAGGCGACUAACGCUACAGUGACGAGUCUACGCGCUCGUAUCGUAUCCGAAGACAGUCGCAAUACGGCGCUUGAGCUGGAGAAAGCAGCGCUGGUAUCGAAGACGCACUUCCUGGAAGGCAAUCAGGAAGCCCAGAGUCAUGAGUUCACGACCAUGCGACAGCAACUCCAGGAUGCGAUCUCCUCUAAAGAAGGCACGCUUGUCACCUUACGAAAGGAGGAGAUGAUGCGACGGAAGCUGAACGCAACUAUUCUGGAGCUGCGCGGCAAUAUUCGAGUCUUCGUACGACUAAGGCCUCUACUCGCUGGCGAAGAAGACCCUGCUAAGGUCGACUAUCCGGACGUGGACUCCUUGGACGGAGGUAAGGAGAUGGUAGUACAUGCUCCUAUGACCUUCUCAGCAACGGGUAAGGAGCGCAACGAGAAGCACAACUAUGGCUUCGAUCGUGUGUUCUCGCCUGCUACAGCCAACGGCCAAGUCUUUGACGACUGCCGGGACCUCAUACAAAGUGUUAUCGAUGGCUACAACGUCUCGAUCUUAUCGUACGGUCAAACGGGCAGUGGCAAAACGUACGGCAUGUCUGGACCCAACGGCAUUAUACCGUCAGCCAUCGCUAUGCUGCUGGCAGAGAUGCAUCGUCUAGACGAGAAAGGCUGGCAGUACAACGUAGCUGCUUCGUUCGUGGAAGUCUACAACGAGACGAUCAACGAUCUGCUCGGCGACGCGAAGACAUGGGAUGAAGGCGAUGAUCUGAGCGGCAGUGUUCGAGGCAAGAGGAAAGAAAAGCACGAAAUCCAUCACGACCCAAUAUCAGGCAAGACGACCGUCACGAACCUGUCUUCUGUGUCCCUCUGGCCGCCUCCGGAAAACGAUGGCCAAUGGCCUCCUGCGGCCAAAAUCACAGGCGAGACAAACACGGAAAGCUACACAGAAAAAGCAGUCAAUCAGCUCCUCGACACAGCCGCCAAGAACCGUCGUGUCGCCGCCACGAAGUCGAACGAGCGCAGUUCCCGCUCACAUAGUAUAUUCGUGCUUACCUUACGCGGCCGCUGCGAAGCCACAGGAGAAAGCAGCGAGGGAGUCUUGAACCUUGUCGAUUUGGCAGGGAGUGAACGCCUGAAGCAAUCCGGUGCCGAAGGCAAUAGGGCCAAGGAGACGGCAGCGAUCAAUAAAUCGUUGUCUUCGCUUGGAGAUGUGAUUGCGGCGUUGGGGAAUAAGAAGGGGGAUGAGAGUCAUAUCCCGUAUCGUAAUAGCAAGUUGACAUAUCUCCUCCAAUCUUCACUGGGAGGCACAGCGGCCAAUGGUAAGAGCAGCCGCACGCUUAUGUUGUUGCAUCUCUCGCCUCUGCAGGCUCAUUGGCAGGAGAGCAGGAGUAGUUUGUUGUUUGGGAGUAAAGUUCAUGGAACGCAUAUUGGGGCUGCUAAGAAGAAGUAG